AAGUGGCACAUCCCUGUCCCUUUACUGUGGGUUUGAAGACGGCAUGUGCACAUGCUAGUCUGAAUUCUCUUUAGUGUUUGCCGAUGUAAGUGCCCUUUUCUCUCAAAUAUCACAUUUUCUCCGGAGUCUCAAGAACUCCAGGCCUUUCCGGACCCCUCUACUCUGUCUGUGAGUGACUAGAAAAGUGACUUCUCUCCACCAUGUCCCAGCUGCCACAGACGUCCUCUCCAACUGUCCCGGGAGCCCCUCCUGCUGGUGCACCCCCUGCCCAGGGGGGGAUGAACCCCACCCCGGGGAUCAUCACCCCCACCCAGGGGGCAGCUGGGGUCUCCCCUGCUGUUACUGGGUCUACACUUGCCAACGGCACUGUUGUGACAGCUCAUCCUGCUGCCCCCUCCAACAUGGCAAACCCCAAAGAGAAAACCCCCAUGUGUCUGAUUAAUGAGUUAGCCCGGUACAACAAGAUCCAACCACAGUACAAGCUCAUCACUGAAACUGGACCGGCCCACCAGAAGACCUUUACCAUCUCCCUGACCCUGUCUGACAAGACGUGGACAGCGGAGGGCUCCAGUCUGAAGAAGGCCCAGCAUGCCGCGGCCUCCAAGGCUCUGGACACCUGCAACCUGCCCUGGCCCAAACCUAAACCUCCCAGGAACCAGGAAAUAACAGAAGGGGAUGUUCCAGUUGGUAGCAUCACCCCCACUGUGGAGCUGAAUGGACUGGCCAUGAGGCGGGGGGAGCCUGCCAUCUACCGCCCGAUCGACCCUAAACCUACCAUCCCACCACAGUACAGGCCUAACUACAACUUCAGAGGAAUUUACAACCAAAGAUACCACUACCCCACACCAAAGACCUUCUAUGUGUCCCUGACCAUUGGUAACCGGGAGUUUAUCGGGGAGGGCCGCACCCGACAACAGGCGCGACAUAACGCCGCUGCCAAGGCCCUGAAGGUCCUGAAGGAUGAACCCAUCCCUGAGACAGCAGAGCCAGUACAGCCGGCUGCAGAUGUGCUAGCCAAUGAGAAAGCAGAGAACCUACUGAAGCCAGAGAUCACCCUGGUGUAUGAGAUUGCUCGGAAGAGGAACAUGUCGGUUUCAUUUGAGGUGAUUAAGGAAAGUGGCCCUCCCCACAUGAAGACCUUUGUUACCAGCUGCAAAGUCGGAGACUUCGUGGCAGAAGGAGAGGGGAACGGUAAGAAGGUGUCCAAGAAACGUGCGGCACAGAAGGUUCUGGAACAGCUGAAGGUUCUUCCCCUGCUACACGAUGACGGUGGUUCACGUCAGACCAAACGGUACAACAAGAAGAGGCCCAAGUCUCUGAUCAAGGUGGGAUUGAACUCUUGGAUUGAGGCAGAUAUGAAUGAGUUGAACCAGACCAACCCUGACUAUGGCCAGGGCAUCAACCCUGUGAGCCGUCUGAUCCAGAUUCAGCAGGCCAGGAAGGAGAAGGAGCCGGAGUUCUCACUGCUGGCUGAGCGGGGGCUGCCUCGCCGGCGGGAGUUUGUCAUGCAGGUGACAGUUAAAGACAAGGUUUGUACUGGGAUUGGUCCUAAUAAGAAGCUGGCCAAGCGCAGUGCGGCGGAAGCCAUGUUACAGUUGCUAGGAUACAGGAAUGCCCUGUCCAACGUCCAGCCGGGAAAACCCGCUCUCAAGACGGGUGACGGUGCGGGAGACGGGCCCGGGAACGUUAACGGUCGCAAAGUCAAGUUCGUAGAUCAACCAGCAGAAGCUAAAGAUGGCCACGGUGACGGUCCCUCCAUCCUGAGCCGUCAGCUGGCACCCGGGCUCCUCCCCAUGCCACAGGAGAUGGUACGGUCCACUGGGGGCAACGGAAUGGGUCUGCAGGGAGUUACCAUUCCCCAGAGGGGUCUAAACAGGGCCCCGGGAGCUCCCCUCAGCCCUCGCAACCCACAGCUGACCAGUGCCGCCAUCGCGAAGGAGCUACUCACCAUCGGGAACUCCCCUACUGCCGAGGCAAUGGUACAGUCCGGUGUGACAGGGAUGCCACAAGGCCAACAGGUCCCUCCUAAGCAGCAGCUGGCCUACCUUGCCAAAGUCCAGGGCUUCAGAGUGGACUUCACUGAUUUCCCCAAGGGUAACAAGUCAGAGUACCUGUCCCUGGUGUCCCUGUCCUCUAACCCCCCGCUGGUCAGCCAUGGAGCUGGCCCGACAGUGGAGGCAGCUCAUGACCAGGCUGCUCUCAACGCCCUGAAGUCUCUGAUGGACAUGGGACUGGACAGGGUGGAUGGGGAGGGGGGCGGUGACAAGGCGGAAGGGGUGAAGGAAGAGCCUCCCAGUGCGGUGAGCGAGCACAAACAGGCUAACUCAGCAGACACAGACCUGGGCGGCUCCCUGGAGCCCGUGGGAAACACGGAGUCCAAGUGAGCCGCUCCGCAGGCCGUCAUCUCACGAUGUCGGUGUAUGAAUACAUGUGAAGACAACAACAACCAAUCACACCUACUUUCCUAAAGGUGUUAGUUAGAACUAAGUCUUGAUUCUCCAUUCGGCAUACUCGAGGUAUAAGAGUUCAGUUGUUAUGGUUGGGUUCUCUUGGCUGAAUUGUUUGAUUGAGAAAUGUGCCAGAGCUUUUGGAAGUGAUCGAGGUAAAAAA